AAAAAACUGUUUUUGGAUUUUGGGAUUUAUGACAAUUGUUUCAUUUGGAAAUACUUUGCCGUUGCUCAACGAGGCCGACGAUCGUAUCUAUGGAGACGAAAACAACGAUUUUUUUAGUCUCCAGCCGUCAUCUGUCUUUGAUCCUGGGUUCAACAUGCCUGACAACGAUAGAAUUGAGGGUAUUCUUAAACGAAGCGGGUUUCAAGUUUCAGAAAAUUACCAGAGAUAUCCUAGAAUUAAGGAAAAAGUAAUAAUCCCAUUUUAUUCAUAUGGAAAUAACGCCGGAUAUUACCGAUCGAAACCCCGAUUGCUAGGAAGACCACGUACUUAUUUUGGGUAUAAUCCGUGGAAUGGCGAUUCUUACAGAAGUAGUAAUAGAUAUAGAUACUAAAACUAUGUUGAUGCCCCAGCGGCAGAAAUUGAAUAGCGUUGUUUUGGACACAAGUGCGGUAUGAAUGAAACCUGUCAUUUUCAUCUGAAAUAUUUGUUUAUAUUGUGUUUCACUUUGAUACAAAAUGCAUAAACUGAUAGUUUAUUUUUUCAUUUGUAUUCAUUUAAAUGCUUUGAAUAAACGGAAACUGUUGUUUUUAUCUGUUUUGUAUGACAAGAUAGUACUGUACUUUAUGUUGAGAAAUAGAUUC